GCCUUUUUUUUUCACACAUUUUCCCUGGUGCGAAGCCAAUCGUGAACUGCUCACCCUUCAACUUCACACUCAACCAACCUCGGCCCUUUCGACAACCCAAAACCCCCCCAUCACCACACGCCCACCGACGAAAUGGCGAAGGUCAACCCAGGUGUCCACAGCUCGCGACGAAAGUCGAGAAAGGCGCAUUUCAGCGCCCCCUCAGGCACCCGCCGCGUCAUUAUGAGCGCUCCCCUGAGCAAGGAACUGCGAGAGAAGUACAACGUCCGCAGCAUCCCCGUCCGGAAAGAUGACGAGGUCACCAUCGUCCGGGGCACCAACAAGGGCCGAGAGGGCAAGGUCACCUCGGUCUACCGCCUCAAGUACCAGAUCCACAUCGAGCGCGUCACCCGCGACAAGGCCUCCGGCCAGAGCGUGCCCCUCGGCAUCCACCCCAGCAAGGUUGUCAUCACCAAGCUGAAGCUCGACAAGGACCGCGAGAACAUCCUCGAGCGUAUCAAGGCUGGCCGCGAGCUGCGAUCUAAGGGCAAGGCCGCUGCUAAAUAAGCCUAGCUUUUUUCGCUGAAACGAUUUUCGUCUUCGUUACCACGACAAGAGAACAUACCGAUACCCUUUGGUAGAGCAAUGCGCGACAGCCGCGGCAGCAGCAUUUUGUUUUUUUCUCUUCUGCGAGUCGGCGGGGGAUAAAAUCACGGAAUAUGGCAGGCGUCUACGAGGAUAACCUUCUCCUUCGGCAUCAUCGAGAGGAGACGACGAAUCAGGCUUUUUGCAUGGCAUGGGAUUUCCAUGACGACGAGCAUCUAGAUGCUACGGCACACCGAA